AUGGAGAACUGCUGCAGGCCCUCCUUGCCCUUCCAUCUCAUUUCCCUGCUUCUCCUUAUCCAGCUACCCUCCUGGGCAUCCACUGAGGAGUUCCUGGUGCUUGGUCCUUCAGACCCUAUUGUGGCACUGCUGGAUGGGGAUGUCACACUGCCCUGCUCUGUGUCCCCAGUCAUAAAUGUGGAGAACAUGGAGUUCAGGUGGUUCCGCACAAAGUUCUCAGAAGCAGUGUUCAUCUAUCAGAACCAAUGGGAGCAGAACGAGGAGCAGAUGGCAGAGUAUGCAGGGAGGACCUCGCUGGUGAGGGACUUCCUCACCCAGGGGGAGGCUGCUGUGAAGAUCCACAAGGUUCGAGUUUCUGACAAUGGGAUGUACACCUGCUUCUUCAAAAAGGGAGCCUUCUAUGAAGAGGCCAAUUUGGAAUUGAAAGUGGCAGGGAUGGGCUCUGCUCCUGAAGUGCACAUCCAAGGGCCAGAAGAGGAUGGAGUUCGAGUGGUGUGCACUGCCUCGGGGUGGUUCCCAAAGCCCCAGGUGCAGUGGAGAGGCCUCAGUGGAAAGAAGUUCCUGACAUUCUCUGAGGCCUAUAGGCAAGAUGCUAAAGAGCUGUUCAGUGUGGAGGUCACUCUGGUGGUGAGAGACAGCUCUGUGGGGAACGUGACCUGCUCCAUCCUCAACCCCAUCCUGGGCCAGGAGAAGGCCAUGGCCAUUUUCAUCCCAGAGCCCUUCUUCCCUCAGGCCUCUCCUGGGAAGCCAGCUUUCAUUGUGAGCUUGACUUUGCUUGGACUCCUACUCUUUGGGGCUGGCUAUUUUCUCAAAAGAGAACAUUCUACGAAGGUGCAGGUGUAUCAGGAACAGGUGAAUCUGCAGAGGGCUAAGGAGGAGGACCAACAGACAAAGGAGAAGGAGCAAAAAGCCAUUGGUCAGAGGAAGAGUGCAUACCUUGUGGCAUGGAAGAAGGCCCAGCUAUACGCAGAUUGGAGGAAGGAAAUGUUCCAGGCAUGGUCUGUCACGCUGGAUCCAGAUUCUGCUCACUCAAACCUUGCCAUCUCUCAUGAAAGGAAACACUUGACCUGGAAGGAAAACAGUGGGAACUCUGAUGGACUGUUCAGUGUGUUGGGGCUUGAAGGCAUCACAUCAGGAAGGUGUCACUGGGAGGUGGAGAUUGAGAAAGGGAACAGAAAUGAGUGGACUCUGGGGGUCUGUAGGGAGGAUGCAGAAAGGAAAAGCUGGUACAGAGAGUGCCCGGAGAAGGGGUUUUGGGUUGUGGGGCGGUUUGAAGAUGGAUAUCAUGCCUGUAUGGAAACUAAGACUCCCUUAUCCCUUAGGCAGGAUCCCUGCAGGGUGGGUGUUUUCCUGGAUUACAGUGAAGGUGAUGUCUCCUUCUAUAACAUGACUGAUGGGUCCCACAUUUUCUCCUUCUCUGAGAUUUCAUUCUGUGGGACUGUCUUUCCAUACUUCUGUUUUAGGGCUGGAGAUGUGUCUCUGACCAUCUGCUCCAUGGCGAGUGGUUCUGAGAGGCUCCCUGUGCCUGUUGACAGUUCUUCUUUGGAGGAGAGUUUGAGUCCCCAGAGGAAGGUUUCAGCUCAGGCUCUGGUGUUGCUGUGGAUCCCUCAGGGGUUGAAUCUCCACUACUCCCUUGUCACCUCAAAGCUGUGUCACCAUAGGGUUUAUCCCUCUCCCUGA